CUCCACGUGCUCUCAACGGCCCCUUUUUACCUGAGGCCGGUUUUUCUACCUGCAUAAUAGUUUUAUUCGCUAAACGAGUCGUUCGAUAGAAUUCUCUUCUUGUACGUCUAUUUACAACUUCAAGUACCUAUAGUUUGUAGUCUCAUCCUCUCUCCUCCACGUGGUUUGUUGAAUUUGAAAUACAAAGCGUGUCUUGUGAUUUGGAAACGACGUGAAAGCAAAUUUUGUAGAUAGCAAGUUGCAACUGAGAGUGUAAUGAAAUAUCUGUUUUUAUCGAUCUCAUAUCACGUAGCGUUUUUUUAGUAGAUCUACAUACAGUGUUAAGUAACUAUACCAACAAAAUGGGCAAUACAGCUGACAGUGGUUUCCAGCAAUCGCAGUUUUCCGACGAAUUGGACAAUAUCUGUCGUGACACAGAGAAACGCGAGAGUAUGACAUCGUUGCACCACGCAGCAAGAAAUGGUGAUGUACCUUUAGCUCGCACAUUGUUGGCCCAAGGUUUAGCUAUCGAUGCUGAGAUUAAAUACGAUUUUUUAACACCAUUGUAUUUUGCAAUUCAUGGAAAUCACUUAGAAAUGGUUAAUUUUCUAAUUGCACACGGUGCUGACGUAAAUCAUAAAGUCGUAUUAGGGUUUACACCUUUAAUAGUUGCAUGCCAAGAAGGUUACACAGAUAUUGUCAAUGCAUUAAUUGCGCAUGGUGCAGAUUACAAUGAAAGAACGAAUAUAAUGAAUACACCUCUACACUUAGCAGCAGAAAAUGAUCACCUGGACAUAGUAAAUGUUCUCAUUGGGAAAGGAUGUGAAGUUAACACUGUAAAUUGCCAUCAAGAGACACCUUUGCAUUCUGCGGUAGAAAAAGGGAAUCUCGAAAUGGUUAAAAUUCUUAUUUCGCACGGAUCCAAUAUUAAUGCUGGAUGUGCAGUUUCGGAUUCAACUCAUUCACUAGAUUCAAACAUGACUCCAUUACAUUUUGGGGCACAGACUGGUAAUUCUGAUAUAGUUAAAGUUCUAAUUGAAGCUGGAGGGAACCCUAAUGCAAAAACAAAAGAUGGCGUUACACCUUUACUGUUAGCAUCUCAAGGUGGAUUUGUUGAGUCGGUAAAAAUGUUGCUUAAAGCAAAUUCCAAUGUUAACGUAAAGGAUAAUGACAAUGCUACACCUUUGCUUGCGGCAACGGACCGAAAUCAUCUUGAGAUAGUAAAAGUUCUACUUCUUGUGAACGGUAUCGACGUUAAUGCUAAAGAAUCCAGUGAUUUUACUGCUUUACAUAUGGCAGCACAGAAUGGUUUUGCCGAAAUCGUUCAACUGUUAGUAAAAAAUGGCGCUAACAUUAACGCUAAGCAAAACGAAGGUUUUACGGCUUUACAUCAGGCAAUUCAGCAAAAACAUUUAGAAAUUAGUGACUUUUUAAUUAAUAAUGGAGCAAACAUUCACGUUCUCGAUGAUCAAAAUUGGACUCCAUUACAUAAUGCAGCGCACAACGGUUUUUCCACAAAAAUUUUAGAGUACUUAAUUGCAAAAGGGGCAAAUGUAAAUGCAAAGAUAGAUGAUAGUAGGACAGCUUUACAUUUGGCAACAAAGCAUGACUUGGAGAUAGUUAAUAUCCUAAUAAAAAAUGGAGCCGAUCUAGAUGCUGUAGAUAACAAGAGUUGGACUGCUCUUCAUUAUGCGGCAUAUUAUGGUAGUUUGGAUGUUGUGCAAUCUUUUCUUGAUAAAGACACAGAGAUAAAUGUAAGAACGAAUAAAAAUGCCACACCCUUACACUUCGGAGUAGAGUUCAACCACUUGGAGGUGGUCAAAUUGCUUUUGCAAAGGGGAGCAGAUGUUAAUGCGUUAGGUGAAAAAAAUUGGACUCCUUUGCAUUUCGCAGCAGGAAAAGGUUACAACCCAAUUGUCAACGUCCUAGUGAAACAUGGUGCCAAUUUAAAUAGUACAGAGAAUGAAGGUAAAGCUACACCCCUACACUUGGCAGUGGAACACAUUCAUCCUGAGGUAGUUACAACCCUUAUUCUAAAUGGGGCAGACGUUAAUGUCGUAAUGUGUAUGAGUCUCACACCAUUACAUUUAGCAGCAAAAUUUGGUAAUCUAGAUAUUAUCAAAUCUCUUCUUAUGAACGGAGCAUAUUAUGAUGCAAAAGUUAACAUAGACCUAUGCACGUUGCCAAUACACUUUGCAGAAAAAUGUUGUAACUUAAAGGUGGUCCAUAUAUUCAGGCUAAUUGAAAAGCUAUUUAAAUCCACAAAAGAAAACGAUCACUUACAAGUUGAAGAGUGCCUCAAACAGGGAGCAUUAGUUAACAGUAGAAGUAUUCAUUUCAAAACCCCAUUAAUUUACGCAUCAUGGAAAGGUUACACUAAAGUUGUUGAUGUCCUGCUCAGAAAUGGUGCAAAUGUAAACUUCACAAACAAUAACAAUGUUUUUCCGCUACAUUAUGCUGCAAAGUUUAAUCACAUUGAAAUUGUGUAUUCUUUACUAAAACACGGUGCAAUGUUUGAUGUCGUUAGUAGUACUGGUAGAAACAUGCCAAUGGACUGUGCAAAAGAUGCCAACAAUAUUGACAUUGCCAAUCUAUUGGAGCAAAUUGCAAAUUUAUUUGAAAAAGCAAAAAGUGGAAGCUUCGAAGUUGCUAGAGAAUUAGAAACAAUUAGAAGCAACAGCCCUAACAAAUUCUUGACCAUAACAAACGUUCGUAACAGUGAAGGACAAACAUUACUGCAAACUGCAAUGUGUAACGAUAAUAAAGAUUUGGGAACUUUGCUAACAAAAAUGCUGCAAGAGCCGGAGACAUUGGAUUGUUAAGGUUUUAUCUACCUCAUAUUCAUUAAUGCUAAGCAAAUGUAAACAAAUAUCUUUCAGGAAUUUUAUGUUUAUUUCAUUAUUACCCUAAAAUGAUACUUUUCUGUUUAUUUUAGCAUUACUAUUUACUUUUAUAUUGUUUU